AGACUUCCAAACUAAGCAAACGCAAAAAAUCCAGCCUUGCAAGUUGGCUUUUUUUUGUCGGACCGACCCUCCCAACCCAAUCCAUCCAUGCAAAUCCUCUUUUGGCAAAUCUUCCUUCUAUAAAACCAGAAGCAGAUAACCCCCAAUGUACUUGCAUAUACGGUUCUCUCCCCUAAAGUGAAAACCACACCCAACAUGUCCGUACUCCCAAAUGGCGAUCAUGAUCGCCAAAGCUUCCAUAGAUUUUUCGAGCACUGGAUUGUGGAGCAAAAUAAAUACCUCCAGGACCUCACAUCUGCCUCCAAACAGCACAAACGAGCAAAAACUAACACCACCAUCGCAGCUGAAUCAACCCAAACUGAGGAGACUCGGGUCCCAGACAAGCCUCACUUACGCCCCCUCAUUAACAGAGUCAUUCUGAAUUACGAGAAAUACUAUCAGGCCAAGUCAAGGUGCGCCAAGCAAGAUGCGGUAGUCAUGCUGACACCCCCAUGGACAAGCGCUCUCGAGAACGCAUUCAUGUGGAUAGGAGGGUGGCGACCCAGUAUGGCUUUUCAGUUGCUCUACUCCAAGUCCGGGCUGCAACUCGAGGACCAAAUAUUUAGUUUCAUUCAAGGGUUGAGUAUAGGCGAUUUGGGCGAUCUCUCACCGAGGCAACUCGUCCAGAUUGACGAGCUGCAGGAGAGGACCAUUAGGGAGGAGAGAAAGAUCACGGAGAAAAUGGUGAAGCAUCAGGAAACGGUAGCGGACCGGUCGAUGGUGCAGUUGUCGCACUUGGUGACGGAGUUGAUGGGGAACGAGGAGGAGGAAGGAAGGAGUACUACUGAUGGGGGUGGACUUGAGGAGAGAGUUGGGUCCGUUCUGGAGUUGAAGGCGGUGGGCUUGGAGAAUAUCUUGCUGAAGGCUGAUGAUCUACGUCUGAGAACUCUCAAAGCCAUUCUUGAUAUUCUCACUCCAAUCCAGGCUGUCCAUUUCUUGAUUGCUGCCUCAGAGUUACACCUGAGGUUUCAUGAGUGGGGCAAGAAGGAGGAUGCAAGUCAACAUGUUACUGGUGGGGGGAACUGAUCGCUUGGAAUUUUCUAGCAGUUGAGUGAACGUUUUCUUGGGACCAACACAUGAUUCCCCGACCAAAUUUAAGAUUUUGUUAUCCAUGACCAAAAAAAGAAAAAAAAGAAAAGAAAAACACCUCUUCACCUAGUGAUGGAACUGGGGAAAGGUUUUAGGUAGUUGCUGCAUGCUUUUCCCACUAUCAGCAGUUUCGGUUCUAAUCUGAGAGAAUAAAAUGAUAUAUUUGUGGUA